CGACAACAACAGAAGAAGAAGAAAGAACAGAGUGAGUGAGGUGGUGCGAGACGACAGGAGGCAACCAACCACCGCCAGCCAACGACAGCCAGCCAACAAACCAAAGGGCUCAACCCACAUCAGUCAGGACGUGCCGCGGGGGUGAACCUCGAGGAUGAAGAAGGCCGCCGUUCCAGCGAUGCGCCUGGAUGAGGCGUUCAAGACCCCGCUGAAGAUUGGCCACCACGUCGACCUCUCAGCACCAAUCAAGAAGGUGAUCGAGACGGUGUACGAGGAACCAGCAGACAGAUACACACAAGAGCUGCGUGACCUGAAUCUUCUUCGCGCGAAUGUGCUGCGGCCGUCGUACGAUGCGACGUCUGUGGAGCAUCUCAACAACUACUUCUCACAGCUGCAGCCGCUCAAGGCACGGUUUUACCACGACCCGUCUUCAGAAGUGCGCAUCAUCUACACCUGGACAGACACGUUCUCGGACACGACGCAAUCCUCGCACGAGAUUGCGUUUGAGACGGCGUGUGUUGCAUACAACAUUGGUGCUGCGCUCGCCCACAGCGCGGCGAUGUUACUGGAUGGAGCAGCCGCUUCUGCUGUCGACGGCUCACUCAAGGAGGCGAGCACACGCUUCAACCAGGCUGCGGGGGCGUUUAUGAUCGUCAAAAGUAUGGGCGCACAGGCCGAAGGCGAUGUGGCGCCGGAUUCCGCUGCUGUCCUCAUCCACAUCAUGCGUGCACACGCCCACGAGUGCUACCUGAUCAAGGCCAUCCACACCAACAAGUCCAAGGGCACCAUCGCGCGUGUUGCUGCGCAGGUGGCCGAGCUGUACGACGAGGCGCUCAAGGCGCUCGCGUCCGUUCAUGUGGACCAGAAGUCCGCACACCCUUGGCGGCACUGGGCGCUCAUGCUCCGGCUCAAAGCUAUGCUGCACCGCGCAGGCGCGCAGUUCCACAUGAGCGGUGCCUGCAGGCAAACGGAAAAGGCUGGCGAGGAGGUGGCACGCCUGCGCGCGGCCAAGGACCUGUGUGAGGAGCUUCAAUCCGUUGCAAGCAAGGCCAAGAGCGUUGUCAAGGUGGACGCCACGGCAUGCACCACGCUCCUCAACCAAAUCAACGAACGUCUUCCAAAGGCAGAGCGCGAGAACCAGUCCAUCUACAUGGAAGUUGUGCCGGUGGAGGGCAAGCUGCAGGACAUCACGCCAGCAGAGCUCGUCACCACCUCCCCAUAUGAGGUGCCGUCGCCGUACCGCGACGUGCUUGGUCGCCUGCUGCCGCUGCGCACGCAUCUGGUGGCGUCGGAGUUUUCGGAAGCAAAGGCCGCGCUCAUGCGUGACGUCAUGGCCAAGGUCGACUUGCGUAAUGACGAGCUGAAGAAGGCGAUGGAUGCCAUGGACUUGAACGCCGGCGCGUUCCUGGAACGCACAGUCACCAUUCCGCCAGACAUUUACACAAAGGGGUCGAUGCUGCGCGACCCACAGCGAACAACGCCAGCGUCCGCCCGUGAGCGGUUGCACAAGCUGGGCGAGCAGCUGCAACAGCUGCAAGACCGCACACGCAGCCUCUCACGCGAGGUCAAGACGCUCGCCACCCAGCACCCCCGCCACUCAUCCGCAGCCAAAGCGCUGACGAAGGAGAUCAAGGACAAGGAGGCGCGUGUGCGCCAGGCACAGGACGCACGCCACAAGAUGCUGACCACGCUUGCCGAGGUGGAGAGUGACCUGCGUCUGCUCUCUGGUCCGCAUGACGCCCUUCGUCGCAACUUGCCCUCCGCAUCCCUGCUUGACCGCGCGCUGCACGAGGACACACACAAGCAGCGCUUGGAUGAGCUGUUGGGGAAGGUGAAGCACAUGAGGGAGUUGCGAAUUGCACGUGUGAACCAGUUUAAGGACGCCGUCAAGGCCGCCGACAUCACGUCGCAACUCGUUGUUGCCGAGGACCCAAAGGCGGUGAUUGACGCCGAGAUGGAGAAGCUUCAGCAGCUGAGUCAGGAAGUGGAAGGCAACCUCACCUCACAGUCAAAGCUGCUGCCUGUGCUGGUGGAGACAUAUGCAAAGCUGUCCGAGACACGGCGCACCGCGGAAGAGGUGUUGCAGAAGCAGAGGGCAUACGUGGACGGGUUGUUGGCCGCCUACGACACGUUCACGCAGAUAUGCACGUCGCUUGCCCGCGCUGAGGAGUUUGCUGACGGCAUGAAGAAACAGGUGGAGGAGGCCACCACAGCCAAGGAGGCGUUUGAGAAGAAGUGCACUGCUGCUGCUGCUGCUGCUGCUUCCAAAGAGGGUCACAGCAACAGAACGGCCACCACCAAGGACAGCGCCAGCAGCAAGAGCAAGGGUGGUACAGGUGCAACUGCGUCCCUGCUGUCACCGGCAACAGCGGGGGUAAGCGGUGUAGCUGUUGGUCCGUCUGGGCCGCCGCUCUCACCACCGUACACACGUGCGGGCAGCGGGUACGACAACAUGCAGCCACUCAGCGCCUCUGCCAGCAGCAACAGCAGUCACGGUCAUCAUCAUUAUCAGCAUCAUCAUCAUCAUGGCCACCACCAUCACCAUCAUCACCACGAGCAGGAAGCGGAGGCGAAGAUGAAGAAGAACCAGAACCAGCCGGCAAUGCGGCUGAGUGCACACGAUCCCUUUGAGCUGGAGAUGGAUGACGCCGAUCACAGCACCACUGGCACAAGUGGUGGUGGUGGUGGUGGUGGUGCAAACACAGCACCAACAGCACCAACAGCACCAACAGCACCAACACCAGCUGCCACAGCUGCGACAAGAACACAGUCGUCAUCGUCAGCUGCUGGCGGAGGAAAGACGGGUGCACUGAUGCUCCCUGAGCGGCGUGCCAUCACACCCCCACACGCACAGAACACCACGCGCGCCCCCACAGCGACAACAGCGACACCAGCGACAACAGCGACACCCGCGGAUGUGGUGCGGGCGGUGGAGGCAGCACACGCAGACCUGACGAAGCAUAUCGAACGAUUGCGACAGACGGACGCGAGCAACAGCACCGGCUUCGAGAAGGAGUUUGCGCUGUUGCGUUUGGAGGACAUCAAAGUGCACCAGCACACGCCAUGCACCGUCGCAGCUCGCAACAUGGACAAGAACAGGUACAAGGACAUCCUGCCGUACGACAGCACGCGCGUGCGGAUGCUGAAGCCGAUUGCGUCAUCGCAACACGACGAUUACAUCAAUGCAUCGCACGUGCCCUCGCUCCUGCCCGGGUGCCCCGCCUUCAUCUGCUCCCAGGCGCCCACACGGACAACAGCGGGCGACUUUUGGAAGAUGGUUGUGCAGCAGCGUGCACGUGUCGUGGUUAUGGUCACCAACCUCUCCGAGAACGGCCGCAUCAAGUGUGACGAGUACUGGCCGCGGGAUGUCGGUGCCACCAUCAACAUUGGCGAGUCGCCCCUCGGCCACGCUGCAGACGUCACCUGCGUGCACAUGCGCCAGCGCGGCGGGUGGGUUGAGCGCGAUUUCGUCAUUGAGAGCUUCCUCCCCGACCACAGCAAGGUGCAACGACGCGUGACGCAGUUCCACUACACGGCGUGGCCCGACCGUGGCGUGCCAUCAGCACCCACCGUCUUCCUCCACUUCCUGUUUGCCGUCAACAGCCACUACCAGCACGUGCUCGGCGAAUCACAAACAGCGGGUGAGCCCCAGUGCCCGGUUGUCGUCCACUGCAGCGCCGGCGUUGGUCGGACGGGCGUGUUUUGCGCAGCAAUGGCCGUGCUGACACACCUCCCGCACCUCGCGGCAACAGCUGCAAGCGCUGGUGCCGCCACCACAUCCACGUCCCCCUCCACUGCCGCUGUUGAAACUGGCAGCAGCAGUGACACCGGCAGCACUUGUGGUGGUGGUGGUGGUGGUGGUGGUGUGGAUGGCGGCACGCCACGCGUUGACAUCAUGGGCCUUGUGUCGCGCAUGCGCCACUACCGUCGCUUCAUGGUGCAGUCCCUGGCGCAGUUUGAGUUCUGCUAUGCAGCGGCACUGCACCUCACGCAGCAGUUUGUGCGGCGGUUUGGCGAUGAUCGCCAGCGGCUGUCUGCGGCACACACGCACGCGCUGUCAGCACGCACGCCGCAGCAGGCAUCAUUCUCGUCAUCGUCGUCGUCGUCGUUGACGCCAACGCCUGUGCCAAUGCCCAUGGCAGCCAGCGCAGCCCAGCAGCCACAGUAUCAAGACUAUCCCCAACACCACCAGCACCAGCACCAGCACCAGCAGCGAGAGCAGCAGGGUGUCGGUGCUGUUGGCGUUGCGAGCGGCGAUGCAUUUGAACCAGCAGCGAUGGCAGGGUACCUCCCGUCGUCCUCACAGCCAACACCAGCAGCGCCGAUGGCGGCACAGCAGCCACCACCCUCAUCCUCAUCAUCAUCAUCAUCCACUUCAUUCGCAUAUGUCGCAGACACGACAACACCUGGUACCGCCGUGUACGGGGCCACCACGAUGCAUCACGGUGUUGGUGGUGGCGGUGUCGGUGUCAGCAUGGCGGAUUCCCUCCGCGAAACCAUCAACUCGCGUCGCCACAGUCGCAGCGGUCGCACGUCCACCAGUGACAUGCCUGCAGGCACGCUUUCCCUCGAUGGCCUUGAUCUCACAGCCUUUGGCGCGGAUGACGGCGUUGCCGCUGCGAUGGGUGCCAGCGGUGUUGUGGCAGGUGGCACGGGCACGGGUAGGGUGUUUGGUGGUGGCCGUGGUGGCCGUGGUGGCCGUGGCGCGGGUGUUGAUGCUGUCACCGCUGAGCAAACGCGAGAGGCGGAGCGGCUGUCCAGUGUUGGCGAUCUUGACAACGAUGCGCCUCAGCCCAUGGAAUCCCUCCCUGACAUGUCCGUGUUUUCUGGCGUUGCGGAUGUGUUGCGUGUGGACGUGACCUCGCCAGCAUGGCAGCAGUCGUUUGCACCGCACCAGAUGAGCCAGCAGCCAGCACUCCAGUCGCACCAGCAAGAGCCGCAGCAACACGGUGGAGGGGGCGUUGUUGCGACACCCAUGAACCACUAUCCUGCAUCACAACAGCAACAACAACAACAACAACAACAACAACAACAACAACAACAACAACAACAACAACAACAACAGCAGCAGCAGCAGCAGCAGCAACAGGAGGCGGGUGGAGAAGCGGUGACACCGCCAACGACGACAACGACAGCGACAGCGUCAAGCAUGAUGCUGGAAGGGCUGUCACAGUUUGCGGAAUCACAGCUCUCAUCCUCACAACAACAACAACAACAACAACAACAGCAACAACAACAACAACAACAACAACAACAACAACAACAACAACAACAACAACAACAACAACAACAACAACAACAACAACAACAACAACAACAACAACAACAACAACAACAGCCAUGGCGGCAGCAGCAGCAGCAGCAAGAUGGUGUUGGUGACACACCCAGCUCUUACAGCAACUACUACACCUACCAACAGCAGCAGGCUUACCACCAGCCGCAACAACAGCCGCAACAACAGCCACCGCCCCAGGGCCAACCUGUGGGAAACAUCGACUACCUGAGCGAUUCUGCUCCACCACAACAGCCACAACAGCCACAACAGCCACAACAGCCGUCAUCACAACCGUCAUCGCAGUACAUGCAAGCCCCUGUACCGCAACGGCAGCAGCACGACCAGACAUGGUACCAUGACACGCAAGCGCAGCAGCAGCAACAGCAUCCACAACAACAGCUCUAUCAACCACAACCACAACAACAGCCCCAGCAGCAGCAGCAGCAGCAGCAACAACAGCAGCAGCAACAACAGCAGCAGCAGCAACAGCAACAACAACAACAGGACUAUGUAGCUGCGGGGGAGCACCCUGCUUUGCAUGGGGAGUAUCAACAGGACGUGCCUGUUCCCACAAGUGUUGUGGCGUCCAUGUCAACAAGCCAGUACGCGUACAACACAUACGCAGCCCAUGCACAACCACAGCCACAACCACAACCCCACCAACAACUACAACCAUCACAACUGCAACCACAAGAGUUGUAUCAGCCUCACGUUCAGCCACAGCAACACCCACAGCAGCAUUCCUCUUACGACCAGCAGCAACCACAGCACUACCAGCCACCAUCUUCGUCGUACACGUACGACGCGUACGCUGACACGGCCAACACGGGUACGUUCCCCACAUCCAUUGCACCAUCAGCUUCAACAGCAACGACUAUGGCAGCGCCGACAACAGGCGUUAAACCGGCUGCAUCCAUGCAAUCGCCAUCACCAUCGACAUCAGCACUUGCACCGUCGUCGGCCUCGGGGUCCGUGGGCGGCGCAGAGCUGGAUCUUGAUGCCCUGUUCGCCAGACGGGAGGAGCCAAGCCUUGACGCGAUUUUCACAACGCCGCCAGCAACCGCUUCAAACAAAUACACGGACACGGCCGCCACUGCACAGCCAACACAGCACCAGCACCAGCACCAGCACCAGCACCAGCACCAGCAGCCAACACACCAGCAACAGCAGUGGCACGAUGGGUCCUGGAAUGGCGCGUCCAGUUAUCAGUCAUCAACGGUAUCCCCUCACCCACAACAGCAACAACAGCAGCCGUCCUCGUAUUACGCGAGCGGCAGCGACAAUGCCUGGCAGUCCGCAGACCAACAGCAGCAACAACAGCAUCAGCAACCACAACAACAACCACAGCAGCAACAGCAACAAACGUAUCCGUACGCAUCAUACGUCCAACAACCACAACAGCAUCAUCUGCCACAACAGCACCAUCUGCCACAGCAGCAGCAGCAGCAGCAGCAGCAGCAGCAGCAGCAGCAGCAGCAUGCAUAUCCACAGUACACAUAUCCACAAGCGCAAGCAGAUGGCGGCUACACAAUGCCGUAUCAAGGUUACACCGCACCCCAACAGCCGCAGCAACAGCAGCAGUCUUAUUCUUACCCUUAUCAACAGCAACAGUACCCGCAGGUGUCGGCCGGGAGUUUGCUGGACAGCGAUUUGCCGUCAACGACAGACGGCGCGACGCUGCAGCCGACCAAGACGCCCCUCGCUCGACGCACCCUAAUGGACUGAACCCACGCACGCACACACUAUGUGUGUGUAUGUGUGUGUAUGUGAAUGUAUGUGUGUGUAUGUGUGUGUAUG